AUGAAGCAAUCAAUAUACUUCGUUUUUUGUUACCAUAUAUUUGCUAUAUCAGAUACAUAUCCAAUCAAUAAAGUUCCUUUAGAUGACUUUACUAAACGCCACAACGAAACCAGUUUUAAUUGCAACUUGGAACAAAAAAUUUGGAAGCUUCAUAAAUUAACAGAAGAAGAGUUACACUCGUAUGCAAUAGCACAAUGGAAUUACAAUAUAAAUUUAAAUGAGGAAACUAUAAAAUGUGCAAUAAAUGCUUCGGUAAAUUUGUUUUCAUUUCAAAAAUCUUUAAUGACAAUGGUAAGAAAUAUUUCAAUGUUAUAUGAUAUUGAUUAUGUUGAUUUGGUGAAAAAUGUUUCAUUUUUGAGUAACCCCAGAGUGGAACUAUUGGAUUUGGUCAAUUAUGAAAAGAUUAUAGCACUUAAGAGUCAUAUAAAGAACAAAUUAUACUAUGGAGAAAUUUGCGAAUACUUAAAACCAAACCGACCUUGUGAUGUGAGUUAUAAUGAACUAAAAGUUAUUAUGAUUAACUCAUCAAAUCCAGCAGAGCUAAAAUACUAUUGGAAAGCUUGGCAUAAUUAUACUGGAUAUGAUGUAAAAACUAAAUACAUAAAAUACAUCAGACGACUUGACCAUAUUGCAACUUUAAAUAAUUUUUCAGAUGGAGUUGCUUACAAUGUAUAUUCAAACAUCUAUAAAGGAUGUCUUGUUAACAUUGAUUAUAUUUAUAAAAGCAUUAAGCCAUUAUACGUGCAAUUGUUUACCUAUGUGCGCAAAAUUCUCAGAGAUAAAUUUGGAUCAAAUAUUGUUACAGCAAAAAAUCCAAUUCCUGUACAUUUACUAGGUUCAGUUUUAGGGCAACCAUGGACUAACUUACUGUAUUCAAUGAAAGAUGAAUUUGUUCCUCGUGUUGUAAAUGAUGUUGAUAUUAAGUCACCUAAACAAAUGUUCGAUUUAGCCAUUGGCUUUUAUUCUUCUCUUGGAAUGGGCAUUUUACCAAAAACUGUAUGGAGUCGUUCAAUUUUCGAAAAGAACAGUAGUUUUGCUGAUUGUCAAGCUACAGCUUGGGAUCUGUACAAAGAUAAUGACUUUAGAAUUAAAAUGUGCUCCAAGAGUAGAGCAGAAGAUUUCUAUACACUUCAUACUCUAAUUGGAUUUGUUUAUUAUUUUAUGGCAUAUAAAAAACUACCAGUUGUACAUCAGCGAACACCAGAUGCUGUAUUCACUGAGAGCCUGAUUAAUGCACUAGUGCUGUCAGUUCAUUACCAAGAUUUUAUAGAUAGGUAUUCAAGUAGCCCAUCUAGUAGACAGAAUUUUCUAUUGCAAAUGGCUUUGAAAAAAGUGUCGAUCAUACCAUUUGCUUACGCUCUUGAACAUUGGCGUUGGGCAGUAAAACCACCCUUUGCGCCAAAAUUUAUGAACGAUAUCUGGUGGAGUAUAAGAUUAAAAUAUGAAGGAGUAACUUCACCAAUAUCGAAAGAAAAAGAUAAAUCAGCAAACAGCAAUUAUAAGCCUUUUGAUCCAAGUGCUUCAUACAAUGUUUUGAUGGAAAUUCCUCCAAUUAAGUAUUUUUUGCAACCAAUAGUAGAAUUUCAGUUUUUCAAAUCUCUGUGUAUUGCUUGCGGAGAGUAUGAUUCAAAACAUUCGGAUACAAGACCAUUGUACCAGUGCAAUUUAAGAGGUUGCAAAAAAAUUGGAAAAUUGCUAAAAUUGGUGAUGUCAAAAGGGACAUCAGCUAAAUGGUCAACGUUAUUUGAAGCAAUUGUAGGCCAUACACGAAUAGAUGCAAGUCCAAUAAUGGAAUAUUUUCAAUCCCUCAAUGAAAGUUUAUCUAUAAUUAAUAACCAAACAAACGAAUACUUGGGAUGGAAAACACCUCUUUCUUAGUAUUAUAUUGUAAAUUUUUAUGUUUGUUACAAUUUUUACUGUUUUUAUUAACUUUAAGCUGUUUAAACUUGAUAUUUUUGUGACUAGU